AUGCGGACUUCUCACGGCGUUGCCGUUGCCCUCGGGGCCGGCUUUCAGCUCGCUACCGCCGCCCCGGUCUGCGGCGGCGGCAGCACAUCCGACACCCUCUGGGUCACGACCUACCCCAUCGGUGACGGUGCCGGCGAGCUCUUGACCCUCAAGCUGGAAGGCUCGAAGCUCUCAUCCGUCGCCACUUCUGAUACCUGCGGUCCUUUCCCCUCGUGGCUGACCCAAGUCGACGACGUUCUCUACUGCGUCAACGAGGCCUGGGGCGGCCAAAACGGCGAUCUUGCGGCCCUGCAAAUCGGCGCCGAUUCCUCCUUCACCGUGCUUAGCAGCGGGAAGACAGUCGGGGGCCCCGUGAGCACCAUCGUCUACGGCAAUGAGGGCCGUGGAUUGGCUGUUGCUGAUUAUGCUGGUGGCGGUAUUGACACUUUCGACAUUUCCGACCCCGCGGCAAUCAAGACCCUCGUGUCCAAGGUCUUCCCCGGCCGUGAUGACGGCGCUGCUCCGCCGCAGGAGCAGGCCCGGCCGCACGAGGCCAUCCUGGAUCCCACCGGAGAGUUCCUCGUCUUCCCUGAUCUCGGUGCCGAUCUUAUCCGUGUCCUCAAGGUGGACAAGGCGACUCUGGAGUACACCGAGAAGCCGAGCUACGAGUUUGCGCGUGGCACUGGCCCCCGCCACGGCGCCUUCUACCAGUCCGGCGACAACACCUACUUCUACGUCGUCUGCGAGCUCUCCAACCUCCUCCAGGGCUUCUCCGUCGCCUACAACGAGGACAGCUCCCUCACCUUCACUCAGCUGUACAACGCUACCACUCAUGGCGCCACCGACGCGCUCCCGGAGGAAACCGCUGCCGCCGAGAUCUUCCUUGCUCCCAACAGCAACUUCCUGACCGUCUCGUCCCGCUUCGAGAGGGAGCUCUCGUACACCGUCGCCAACGGCACCGAGGUCGCCUCGGACCCGCUCAUCACCUUCUCCAUCGACGCCGAGGGCCAGCUCACCCACGUGCAGACCGCCCCCGCUGGCGGCAUCAACCCCCGCCACUUCUCCUUCAACAGCGACGGCAGCCGCGUCGCCUCGGCCCUGCAGUCCGACGGCCGCGUCGUCAUCUUUGAGCGCGACGUCACUACCGGCAAGAUCGGCAAGGUCGUCGCCGAGACUGAUGUCGCCGGCAUGCCCAACUUUGUCUCGUUCAAGCAGUAG